AUGUUACUGCUCAGUGAUAUCUGUGCUAGGCUAAUCACAUCCUCGACUAACGGUUACGAUGGGAGCAUGAUGAACGCUCUUCAAUCUGAAAAACAAUGGAAUACAUACUUCAAUAGCCCUCAUGGCAGUCAACUCGGUCUAUUGAAUGCCAUUCAGCACAUCGGGUCUCUCGCUGCCUAUCCAUUCGCACCCUACAUGUCUGAUGGCAUCGGGCGCCGUGGAACUGUGAUCUUUGGAGCUGUCGUUAUGUGCGCUGCAACUGCUGUUCAAACAGCCGCUCAGUCUGUCAGGAUGUUCCUCGGAGCUCGCUUUCUCAUUGGCUUUGGGUUGUCGUUCGCUGCUUCCACCCUGAAUGCAGGUAAUGCGGCACCAUUGCUUGUGACGGAAAUAGCCUAUCCUAAGUAUCGCGCCCCCAUGACGUCCCUCUAUAAUUCCCUAUAUGCUUCUGGUGCAAUCAUCGCGGCAUGGACUGCCUAUGGAACGCAGUUCAUUCCGACUUCUUGGUCAUGGCGCAUCCCAUCCCUCCUCCAAGGCCUUCCUUCUAUGCUUCAAGUCUGCCUCAUCGGAUUUAUGCCUGAGUCUCCACGCUGGCUGGUCAGUGUCGGCCGUGAUGCGCAAGCUCUCAGGACGCUUGCAUAUUACCAUGCCGAUGGAAAUGAAAAGGAUCCCCUAGUUGUCUAUGAGUACGAGGAGAUCAAAGCUUCGAUUCAUUUUGACAGAAAUGUCGCUUCCAACAUCGGUUACAAGUCCUUGUUUACCACUGUUGGAAACAGAAAGCGCAUGCGCAUCAUCCUGGCGAUUGCAUUCUUCUCUCAAUGGUCCGGCAACGGUCUUGUCUCAUACUAUCUGAACAAAGUUUUUGAUACCAUCGGGAUCACCGAUUCGACUAUUCAGCUUCUCAUCAACGGCAUACUUUCGAUAUGGAAUUUGUUCUGGGGCAUCUCGGCAGCAUUACUAGUCGACCGUCUCGGCCGCCGCCUUCUCUUUUUGACAUCGGUCGGUGGAAUGAUAAUUUUCUUCAUCAUGCAGACCGUUUGCUCUGCAAUAUUUGCGCAGCGUCAAACAGAGGGUGCCGCUCAUGCUGUCAUCGCGUUUAUCUUUCUUUUCUAUGCUGCCUACGACGUGGCGUUUUUGCCACUUAUCAUAUCGUAUACCGUCGAGAUCUUACCCUUCCCCGUCCGCGCAAAAGGCUUCACAUUGUAUAGCCUGACACUCUCGAUCGCUCUCAUAUUCAACCAAUAUGUAAACCCGGUUGCGCUCGAAAAACUGGGCUGGAAAUACUACAUCGUAUACAUCUGCUGGUUAGCAUUCGAAGGAGUCUACCUCUACUUCUUCGUAACAGAGACAAGAGGCCUAUCGCUUGAAGAGACUGCUGCAUUAUUUGAUGGGGCAGAGGCCAUAGAUCAGAUCCAUUGCCAUGCACUGGCUCAAGCCGCCGCGAUACCUUCCUCGUCCGAAAUCAAGGGUGGGGUGUCCGUCGACGACUUCUACGAACCUGUACAUCCAUAA